GAAGAGCGCAUUGCCAGUAGAUCCGAGGGAUUUUGAAACAGCACACAGUUAAGAAACGGUAAACACCGGAUCUCGAAUAGUAUCAAAGAUUAUAAAUGGUGUAUGGUUUCUCGAAUAGUAUCAAAGAUUAUAAAUGGUGUAUGGUUAUAGUCAGUUGAGUGGGGAGUGAUACGGAAAUAUACCUGAUGUUAUAAUAACGCAUAUUAGUGUCGUUCGUUAUAAUACAUAUUUUCUUUAACAGUUUUUUUUGCUUCAAAUCACCAUGGAGGACAUCGCGCUCAACAAACAAGCCUCCACAAUAAUCGACAUUGCCCUGGAAAAUGCGCAGAAUUAUCUACUAGACUUGAAUGAACUUCAAACAGAAUCGUGCAGUUAUGAGAUGAAGAACAUUGAGUGGACUACCUGCAAGGAUUUCACAAUAGAGCUGGGCCAGAAGCAAAUUGAAGAGUAUAUUUCUACAUGGGAAUGCCAUAGGAGCUGGCUUCACUGCAUUGACUUUCUGCAAGAGAAGGAGUUGGAAUUUAGCAGACAGUACCACUACAGAGUGAGAUGGAGCAUUCCCACACGCAGGAAACCAAUCCCCAGAGCAACAGCCUGCGUCUACUUCAUUAUAGAGAUCUCCAAGGUUAAACCUCCGAGCUUUCCCGUAGAAGUGUACUAUCUUGUGGAAUCAAACCAACUCAUACACAGGCCAGGUCAAACAAGGUUUAGAGAAAAGUGGCUGAAAGACAUCAUCCAAAGUAAGAUUCUUUUACAGGAAUCUGUCAACUUCUAACUAAUUAUUUGAAGCAAUAAAAUCAAUAAGAAAAAAUAAACACAGUAUUUU